CGCGUUAUAAUGUGAUUGUCAAACCCAGACACCUAAAAUUUCGACGGGUUUUACUCACCAGCCCUCGAUUCAUGCAGUUCUAGCAGAAACUAUGUCGUUCCUACUACGCAAAAUUGUCCAUAAUGAGGCAAUGAAAUCCGAUCCCAAGGAGAUUUAUGGAUGGAGGGUAUAUCUUUUGGCCUGUUCAGCUUGCUGUGGUGGUAUGCUUUUCGGUAUGGAUAGCGGCAUUAUUGGGGGUGUUCUAACCAUGGACCCGUUUAAAGAGAAAUAUGGUCUGGCGAACAAACCUGACACUGUCACUGCAAAUCUUUCUGCCAAUAUUGUGUCCACGUUGCAGGCGGGCUGUUUUGCUGGGGCUCUUCUUGCAUCUCCUUUAGCAGAUAGGAUGGGAAGAAAACCAGCCCUUCUCAUUUCUGCCAUAUUUUCCAUUGUUGGAACCAUCAUGCAAGCCGCUGCAUCAGGCCAGCUAGCGGCUAUGUAUGUUGGAAGGUUCAUUACGGGGUUGGGGGUCGGGGGAGCGUCAAUGGUCAAUCCUCUUUAUGUCUCGGAAAACGCUCCUCGCGCUAUUCGAGGUGGCCUCACGGGCUUAUAUCAGCUUUUCAUCGUCUUCGGUAUUAUGCUCGCAUUCUGGAUAAAUUACGGAUGUUUGCUGCACAUUCACGGUAAUGCCAUGUAUGCCAUACCCCUAUCUACACAGGCAAUACCAGCAGUCCUCCUCUUUGUCGGCAUGAGUCUUUGUAAUGAAUCACCACGCUGGCUAGCAAGGCAGGAUAGGUGGGAACGGGCCAAAAUGACCCUGUCCAAAGUCCGCGCCCUUCCAGAAUCUCACCCAUACGUUGUGAAUGAAUUCAACGAAAUUAUCAUGCAGCUUGAGAAUGAACGCCAGCUCAUUGGUGGGUCUGGAUUCUGGGACUUGAUGCGGGAGAUGUGGUUCAUUGCUGGUAAUCGUAAGCGCGCCGUAUACACGAUUAUCUUGAUGAUUUGCCAGCAAAUGACGGGAACGAAUGCCAUCAACUACUAUGCACCACAAAUUUUUAAAAACCUUGGAGUUGUCGGAAAUGCCACCAAUCUUUUUGCUACCGGUGUUUAUGGAAUUGUAAAGACAGCAGCCUGCGCCGUUUUUCUUAUUUUUGUUGCCGACUCCCUGGGCAGACGUCGUUCGCUUUUAUGGACUUCCGUUGGCCAGGCUCUCGCUAUGUUGUAUAUUGGACUCUAUAUCCGGAUAUCCCCACCCAAAUCGGGAGAAACUGUCCCUCCAGCAGGAUAUGUUGCAUUGGUUUGCAUUUUCCUCUUUGCAGCAUUCUUCCAAUUUGGAUGGGGUCCAGUGUGUUGGAUAUAUGUAUCAGAAAUUCCAACUGCGAGACUACGUUCAUUAAACGUUGCAUUUGGCGCUGCAACACAAUGGCUGUUCAACUUUGUAGUGGCGAGAGCUGUUCCAUCCAUGCUUGUUACAAUGGGCUCUAAUGGUUAUGGAACUUACAUCUUCUUUGCCUGUUUCUGCUUUGCCAUGGGAAUUUUCGUGUGGUUUUUCAUACCCGAGACCAAGGGUAUUUCUCUUGAGAAAAUGGAUGAGCUGUUUGGUGUUGUACAAGUCACAGAUUUAAAGGCUGUCGCCCCUGCAACAGAUCUUGAACGGGGAUCAAUGCAAGCUGGAGAUACUGGGAAGAAAGAUACACCAAGCGAAUCUCGAAUAGAGAAUGCUUAGUUUUGUGUUAUUGAAUUACGAUCAUUCUUCAGGCAACAUGUAUUCAAAAAUGGCC